AUGGGAAACUCAAGAACGAGUAAAAAUUGUGCAGUCUCAAUGACUAUGGGCAUGCCCCAACGUGAGCGAGAUCUUCAUAUUGCAGUCGUUGGCAAUGAUAAACAGAGUGUUCUGUCUGUGCUGAACCAAGGAGUUGAUAUCAACUAUCCCUGGAGUAACCCAGCUGUACCCAGUGUCAAGGACAGCACCACUCCCCUGAUUGCUGCAGUCUCUUUGAACCACGUGGAGAUAGUUAUGAUUUUGCUUCAUAGUGGAGCAGCAGUCAACAGAACUGACCGCAAUGGCUGUACACCAUUGUACAAGGCUGCAUUUCAUGGGCGCAUGAUUCUAGUUGACGUCUUGGUUAAAGCAGGUGCUGAAAUUGACAAACCUGACAAGGAGAACCAAACUCCUUUGUACAUCUCUGUUCAGAAUGCUAUAGUUCACUCCAGCUAUGCAACAAUACUUCGACUGUUGGCUGCUGGUGCUUCAGUCAACAUCGCAGACAGAUAUGGUCGAGUGCCCUUGCACAGUGCAGCCCAUUGGAAGCUGAAAGAACUUAUACGUAUCCUGCUGGAAGCCAACAGUUAUGUCAAUGUUGUAGACAACAAGGGCAGGACACCGCUGUACGUGUGUGUGGCUUCUCUAAGCACUGGUCUUUACAAGGAAGACCUGAAGUACCAAGUCCCGUGUAUAAAGAUCUUGUAUGCUGCUGGUUGUGAUAUGCUAAAUCUUGAAGACUGGCUGCGGUGGAAAGGACCAGGCAUCCCAGCUGAACUUCUGACAGGUGAUGACAAUUUCCUGGCUUGGUACACCUUAGCCAUGACCUCACCACCCUCUCUGAGAAACCUGUGCCGCAAAGUUAUUCAGAAGAGACUGAUAACCUACGACUGCCCAGGUUUGGUUCGGUGUGUGGCUCAGCUUCCAGUACCGCCAUCUCUGAAAGUGUAUUUGUCGCGGAAGAUGUUUCACUUGCCCAUGUUGUAG